UCCGUCCGAUGAGCAACUCCCCCCAGGAUCACCGUCCAUUCCCCAACGGAAGAAAACGACCAUUUCCAAACCACCACUUCUAAUUCUUCUUGUUUCUUCCCCUCCCCAAAAGCGAAAUCCAAUCCAGCUGAGUCUGAGAGUUCAACUCCUGUCAUCACAGCCAGUGGGUCUCCGGCAAAAAUUUUGGGUCUUAUCUGCUGGAGGGCGUUGGCAUGAGAUCUAGGGUUUCUCAUUGUGCUUGGCAAAAAUGGAGGAUGUAUUUUUGACGCCGAAGAAAAUAUAUUGAACAGUGGCUGAUUCACGAUAACAUGAAAAAUUAACAGAGUUGCAGCUCUUAUGCCUGGUUUAUUUCAUAGCCAAAGUAGCAGAUUAAGUUUAUGUUGUGUCAUUUUCCAGUUACUUUCAAAAUUUGUGUGUGAUGGAUCUGACUGAUGGGCAUUUGUCGAAUGAGCGCCAGGAACUACUUAGAUCUGCUCCAGAAACUGCAGAUCUACUAGAAGGUCCCCCUAGGUCGCCAAAGUCUCCUAGAUCUCCAAAGUCCCCAAGGUCCCCAAAGGGCCAUCCCAGUAAACAUGGCACUCCCAAGGGUAGUCCACUCAAAAAUGACAGGCAUCCUCAUUCUAGAAGAGAUGGCUGUCCUAAAAAAGGUGGUUCCGGAGGAAAAGGAACUUGGGGAGGAUUACUUGAUGCAAAUGACAAUUAUACUCUUGAUCCUAAUGACCCAAACUACAAUAGCAAUGAGGAAAAUGCACUAUUAAGUCCAAGAACAUCAAGCUCUCGGUUUGAUGAGUACAAAAGAAAAGUUUCAGUCCUUGUAGAGGAAUAUUUUGCGAAUGAUAGUGUUACCUCAACUGCAAAUGAACUAAAAGAACUCGGAACUCCAAGCUAUCAUUACUACUUGGUGAAAAAGCUCAUAUCCAUGGCUAUGGAUAGACACGACAAAGAGAAGGAAAUGGCGGCUGUUUUAUUGUCUUCGCUGUAUGGUGAUGUCAUCAGUCCCGAACAGGUUUACAAAGGGUUCAGUAAAUUGGUUGAAUCUGCGGAUGAUUUGAUUGUGGAUAUACCCGACACAGUUGAUGUUCUUGCAUUGUUCAUAGCUCGAGCCGUGGUUGAUGACAUACUUCCCCCGGCAUUCUUGACAAAAGAAAUAGCCUACUUAGCUGAGGAGUCUAAGGGAGCUGAUGCCAUUAAAAGGGCCAACAAAACCUACCUAUCAGCCCCUCUCCAUGCAGAAACAAUCGAACGGCGUUGGGGGGGCAGUAGACAUAAAACAGUUGAGAAUGUCAAGGGCCAGAUAAAUAACUUGCUGAUAGAAUAUGUGGUAAGUGGCGAUAAGAAAGAGGCUUGCAGAUGCAUGAAGGAUUUAAAAGUUCCAUUUUUCCACCACGAGAUAGUUAAGCGGGCUAUUGUAAUGGCUAUGGAAAGGCGGCAAGCUGAAGAUCGGCUCCUGGAUUUGUUGAAGACGGCUUCUGAAGAAGGUUUGAUCAAUUCUAGUCAAAUAUCAAAGGGAUUCAGUCGGAUUAUUGACACUGUUGACGACUUAUCGCUUGACAUACCGAAUGCAAAGCGGAUACUGCAGUCAUUGAUCUCCAAAGCAGCAUCAGAGGGAUGGCUGUGCGUCUCAUCUUUGAAGUUGCUUUUGUUGGAACCCGAAAAGCAAUCUUUAGCGGAUAGUGCUGCCAGGGCCUUCAAACUAAAAGCUCAAUCAAUUAUUCAGGAGUAUUUUUUCUCUGGUGAUAUUUCAGAGGUGUGCAGUUGCCUAGAAUCAGAGACCAGUUCUUCUUCUUCUGAGCUCAAUGCCAUAUUUGUCAAGAAACUAAUUACCAUGGCAAUGGACAGAAAAAAUAGAGAGAAAGAAAUGGCUUCUGUUUUGCUCUCUUCCUUGUGUUUCCCAGCCGAUGAUGUGGUAAAUGGCUUUGUUUUGUUGAUCGAAUCUGCAGAUGAUACAGCCCUUGACAUUCCAGUCGUUGUUGAGGACCUGGCAAUGUUUUUAGCCAGAGCAGUGGUGGAUGAAGUUCUAGCUCCUCUACACUUGGAGGAUAUAGGAAGCCAUUGUAUGGGACCAGAUUCAGUCGGCAACAAAGUUCUCCGAAUCUCAAGCUCAUUGCUAAAGGCUCGACUCUCAGGCGAGAGGAUACUGAGGUGCUGGGGCGGUGGAGGAAGCAGUCACAAUGGAUGGGCCAUCGAGGAUGUCAAAGACAAGAUUGGAAAGCUGUUGGAGGAGUAUGAGUCUGGAGGCGACAAAUGGGAAGCCUGCCGGUGCAUAAAGGAGCUAGGCAUGCCAUUUUUUCACCAUGAAGUUGUUAAGAAAUCACUGGUGACAAUUAUGGAGAAGAAGAAUGAGAGAUUGUGGGGGUUGCUGGCAGAGUGUUUUGGCACAGGACUCAUAACUAUGAAUCAGAUGAUGAAGGGGUUUGGAAGAGUGGCUGAAUCUCUGGAUGACCUGGCUUUGGAUGUACCAGAUGCUAAGCAGCAAUUUGCAUUUUACGUAGAAAGGGCCAAGACCCAAGGCUGGUUGGAUACCUCCUGCUGUUUAAGCAUGUCAGGACACAGUAGAUAAUGGCAAUUACAACAGCACUAUGCCGAGGGAAAAACAAGCUUGCAAGACAAACAUGUUUGCUGCAACAAUACAGGCGAAGCAGCCCAACAAUUCACACGAAAGGUAUGGUGCAAAAAUUCUAUAUCUUUUAGGGUCCCAAAUAACAAAAUCUCCGUGUUUUGGUAAUUCUUGAUUUCUAGAUUUGUUGUCCUAAACAAAUUCAACUUUCUAGCUAGGUUCUUUUUUUCCCCAUCCUCCUCUGAGAUUUAGACCAUUGAUCUAGACUUAGAUUCAAUCUUUCUUUUCUGUUUUUUUCCCUUUUUAACUUUCUGCAAUUUUUUUUUUUUGUCCUGGGAAGAUUUUGUGUUGUAGUUAUAUAUUAAGGGUGUAAUUUUUAUUUAACAGUUAAAAUCAAUAAUGUUUCAUCUUAUUGAAUAUUAUGUUCUAUUCUUGAAGAUUCAAGUAUUUUCAUUGCCGUUAAGUUUGAAUUUGAGCUUAGGUACAUCACUUUUGUAUAAAAGAGCAUGACUAUUUACUUUGUGAGGGUUGGGAAGAGAUGUCUUU